CUAAAGUGCACGUACUGCAGCGCAACACCUCCAGUCACCGCAUCAGUAUGCGACUGCAGACAUGGACGGCCUAUUGGAGCCCAUCAAGACCACCCGCAAGGUGGAAAAUAAUAUCGACAGGUUCGAGACGUUGUCGCUGAAGGAUCCAGUGCCAGCAGAGCGCCCCCUCGGUGCCAAAUCCAAGAUAUCUGUUCUCGACAUUACCACAGAAGCCACUGAUGGCGCAAGCGACACAUUCAGUCUUCGACCGUCGGUUGACAUGUCAAUAAGUUCGACGUCUGCAGAGGCGCAACAGACGAAUCAUAAGCGUCACGACUCCGCGGCGUUCCUUCAGAAGAGCUAUCUGGACAAAACGCCACCUGCCUCGCUCCCUGAUGAUGCGCUUGAGAUUCUGAAAAAUCAACCAAACAGUGAAGACCUGGCAGCGGUUCUACAGUAUCUUCAGUACGGUAUUGAGGGAAGGCAUGAUUUCAAUAUCCACGUCCCGGGUCCCAGGGCCUCCCAAAUAAUCAACGCACUUGUUACUGUCACCAUUCCCGACCAGUGGCUUCAUUUGCGACAAUCCACGCUUUCGAGGACAGACAUGCAGCUCAGGACGGAACUACUAUCAUCUCUUACGAGCGUUGCCGGACUCGGUGCACUCUUGAUGCAAAUCAGACGUCUUUCUUCCACCAACGCCGGUCAAGAUAGGUCGCUAGUGGAAGAUACAAUUUUUGUUCUAUCGUCAAUCCUUGCCGGCAAUAUGGUUGUAUCAAAAUUUCUGUCCCAGGCUAUGAAGACUUUUCCCACGGAUACAAAGCGCCGUGUCUUCUGGCAAGAAGCGACUUCUCUGCUUGCAGGCAGCAAGAUCCUCACAACCAUGUCGCAAGUCUUCGCCACAAAUCGGGAUCUGAAUGGAUUAGGAGAGACUGAGAAAUGGCUUGGAGACGGAAAUGAAUACACAAGAUGGCUUGGACGCAAUAUUGCGGCUGCCGCAACAAGCCUCAACACAAUACCGCAUACCGAGCCUCAACAGAUGAGCCUCCUGUGCCAAGUGCUGAAGCGUGGGCUUAAUCUCGGGUAUCGAGAUACAUUAACCAAAGAGCUCUACAAUUCACUUCUUCUUGGGAAACGAGCGUUGUGGACCCCAAUGCACAUGUUAAUCCAUGGCCUUUCAGCCUACGAUCAAAAAGUCCUCUUUGAUACCAUCCUACGAGACCUUGCGCGGAGGUUUUUCGAAAGCGGAGCAGAUACCGUGGGACCCAAGGAGUUAUUGGUUACGAGGACCUCCGCCGUCGGAGGAGUGGCAGCCAUGAUCAAUGGACUCGUGCAAAACAAUCCUCUGCUGGAAGCACAUGUUAUCCAUUGGUUGACGAGCACAAACGGGGAAUAUGCUGGUGUCGGUCUCAACGCUCGUAGAGCUGUCAUCGCGACUCUAGCAGCGAGUCAGGGCAAGCUCGAGCAAGUCCUCGAAAGAAGCCUAGAGAACUUCGGGAAUAAGCUACAGAUCCAGCGCGAUGCUAUUCUCCAGCAGGAGUCGACCGCUCAAACCAUCCUGCUGGCAUUCGGAUAUCUCAGUCGUUUGGAUCAUCGCUCAGUAAAAAAUUUAUCGGGUUCCAGCACUUUCGUUCGGGCCGUCUCGAACCGGCUUGCUGCAUCGGUUCCUCGCGCCCGGCUUUUAGGGAUGAUAGUCGCAGUCGCAGUCUCGAAGCUAGUAGAUCCACCGGACAAAGUCAUGAACUUUGGCGUCGAGGAGAUGGAAGGGGAGGAGGCAGAGCAAUGGAUGGGCCUGGUCAACAUUCAAGACGCAGUUGGGAGUUUGGAACAACUGCCGAAGAAAAUAGUCGAGCCCUUGAAGAAACGUCCUUUGCAGAAGCCACCGAGAAUUAGUCCCCGCAAACGAGUGUCAACAGAACCACGACCUCAAGCCUCUAAGAUUGUGGCCAUUGAAGAACUUUCAGAUUCGGACGGACGACCUUCGGCUGCGGAGGAAGAGGACGAUCUACGUCCUUAUCCACGACCGGAUAGCGACCCUUCCGACUCAGACGAAGAUCCUACACUGGUCAACCGGAACAAACCAGCUCCUCCAGUCUACAUCACGUCUCUCAUUAAGCAGCUCAACGCUGACAAUGAUCCCCCUGUGGUAGAGCUUGCACUCAAGACUGCUCCGUCUUUGAUUCGUCGAAAGGCGAACUUUGGGGAUGAAUUGUCAGCCAAUGUCUUCCAGUUGGCUUCAUCUCUUGUCAAUGUCCAGGAAGGCAUGUCAAGGGAAGAUAUGCAGCGAUCAAGACAGGAGGCCAUGAUCGCAUGUCUGGUCUCGAAACCUGGGGUAAUGGGACCCUGGAUUGUAAGCACAUACUUCGAAGGGGACUUCUCGCUGUCCACCCGUGCGUCGCUGUUGACAGCGGUAUCUCUGGGGGCUAGAGAGCUGGCAGGUUUCGAUGAUGAUGUCGGCAGAAUCUCUGCGACUGAACACCCAAACGAUCCACCGUUUCCUUCGAAUCGGUUACCACCUCGUCUUGAGCCCCUAUAUUCCUCAUCGGCACCUGUCGACACCAUUUCAAAGAAUCUGUCUUAUCACACGCUCCAGCCAAUGGCCCUGCAAGCGGCCGACAAGCUCACCGGACCGGACGUUCUCAAGGUCCGUACCUUUUCUUCUCGGAUGAAAGUCGCCGCCAAAACAGCCGCGAAGCUCGAGGCCCGCUCGAAACGCAUCCCAAAGGACCUGCACAAGCUUCUUGCGGAAGCCCUGUACCUACCGCUUUGUUCGAGACUGACGCUUCUCCUCACCUCACUAGUCACAUCACCUUAUCUAGCAGAUUCGACCCUCCUGCACCCUUCAUUGGUGAAGCUAAGCCUGCAAACACUUAUAAUCCUCAUUUCCGCUAUAGGUCCGAACGCUUUACAACUCCCCGCGUUGACCAACGAAUCCCUUUUAAUGCUGACUACGCUCCAUACUCUUCCUUCGUUAGCACACGACCCAAUUAUUCUCCCUCCGAUUCUUCACUUGAUCUUGACACUGCUGGAUCUGAACAUCGAAGCCGGGCAAACAUCCGAAGAACGCCUGGUCACAGACUUUGGCCCCAUGUUUGCAGAACUAGUAUCGUGGACUAGCAGCCUGGGAGAUCGCGUUUCAAUACCGGAAGUCGAUGGCGACCCCGAGCUGGGGAUGUCAAUGCCAUGGCCUGUUCUUGUUGCGGGGAUACAGGUCAAGUGGCAGGAAGUUGGACGGAAAUUUCAGGGUAGGAUGUUGGGUUUGAUGGCAGGGACCGAUUUCGAUUCCUUUUGAGUGGGAGGUCAGAUAUUCUGGUGGUGCUGUCUCUAUUUCGGCCGAAAGCUAGGACGUGAGAGAUACAUGAUGCUACUUUUUCGGUAGGCCGCAGUUGCGAUUCUUGGGAUGGGUGCCACCAGCGCCAUGUCUAGAAUGGAUGCGGUGUGGUCAACUAAUGGCAUCGCAAAACGGGUAUUUAACCCGCAAGGCUCGCACUCGAGUCGGAGACAUGG